GAGACAGCAGAGGAGGACAGUGUAGCCUGGAAUUCGAAGCUCUGACCGAAGUUCAUUAUGCUGCCUAUCAUCCUCCUUGGUGUAAUCGCCAGGUUGACGGUAGUUUCUGCUGACUGUGACAUCGGUAAAUUGAAUCUCAACCAAACAGACUGGACUAAUUUUACAGGUACUUGGUAUUGGCUGUACCACAUCCCCCAUAAAUAUGACGACAACCUGGACUGUCCGGUGAUCACGUAUGAUGCAAUCACUAAACAGUUCGCAAGAAUAACAACCUACGUGUAUGUCAAGAGCACGCGCACUCGCGAUCGACUGGUGGGAACUGUUGUGGACUGGAACACCAAAGGAUAUUACGACGUAUAUUAUGCGGAGCCUAGUUGUGUAGCAAAUUGUUCAGUGACUGAAAGUUUCACCCGAACUCCAGAUUACGCAAGAAUAUGGAGCGGCAGGUACCAUGCGCUUUCAGUUGACCACAACCGCUACGUCAUUUUUAAGUAUUGCUGCUCCACGGUGAACAAAUUAUUCAUUUACGUCGCGUUCAGAACUCCGAAUCCCGAUGCAGAAACUCUGGAUGACGUGAAGGAAGAACUGAAGAAAAGUGGCUUGGAUUUCAAUCAGCUUGUGAAAUGGGAUACUAAUCACUGUUCAUGAACCCUGUGAGAAAUUUUCGUCACAGACAGAUGCGUGUGUGCACUGCAGCAACAGAUAUUCCUUUAUAAUAACUUUCCAUAAUUAUGAGUAAAAGCCCUUUAAGUUUACAU